GUUACGGAACUGCCCCGGGAGAGCUCCCCGCUGCCCGUCGGGCCUUGCCAUUCGAGGCAAAAGCUGCGCGGGCGACGGAGCAUUUGCCUUCCGCGGCUAAAUUAAGAGGAUUGGCUAUGGAGAAAAGAAGGGGCGGAGUGCCGGGCGCGGAGUCCCCAGAGAAGCGGCCCAGCGAGCUUAGCGCGGACAGAGGUGAACUGGCUGCCUGGGCCGGGCCUCCAUGAACUUGCUGGGGGAGCGGCGGCGAGGCUGGCCGGAGGAGCUCUGCGCCCCUCAACCCGAGCGCAAACGAGUGUGCAAAAACUUGGAGACUGUUCCACAGGCAAUCAAUCCUUGCCACCCAUUAAGCAACUGUUUUAUGGAUUACUGGGCUGUGAAGCAGAAUUUGAAGGAGAAUGAUCUCACUGAAUUGUUCAGACCUCAGAUUAUGAAAGAGAAACCAAGUUAUACGAUAUUUACGAAUAAUGACGCCAAAGCCACUGCCCAGCCAUGUCCAAGAUGUAUUGCUGGCGAAUCUGGACAUUUUGGCCAUAUGAUGGGCUUAUAGAAGAUCAUUGAUACAACAGUCCUCAAACUUAUGUAUGAUAAGCUUGAGCUGCUAAUACUUUCUCCACUUCUCUUAAAAACUCCUGUAGGUUUAAAAAAGAAAUAAUAUGUAACAUUUUUAAAAAGUAUUUUCAGUAGAAUUCCAUUUUGGUUUACUUUUUAAUAUUCUGUAUUAUCUAUUGUUUAGAAAAAAAAGUUCUUCACUUCUAAUACAUACAUAUCAUGUACUAUUAGAAGCAUAUUUUCCCGACUAUAAGUUCUUAAUUGAAUUAUUUUCACUCUUUGCAUUGAACACCCAAAAUGUGUGUUGUUUCCAUAUGAAUUGUGACAGCAAAGGUCAGAAUUAAACAUAUGUUUCAAAAUAGAGAUCUAUUCUCCCAAUCUCAAAAUAAUAUUCAAAGGAAUUAAAUUUUGCUGAUUAGCAAUAUUCUGUGCACUUCCAAUAUUUGUGCUAUUUCCUAAUACGAUCCCACAAAUUCUAGAGUAAGAGGGACUGGAGAACUUUAGAACUCACCCCAGAGAGCAAUAAAUUGGGAGAGACUCUUGUUGACUGAAUGAAUCCUAUCUGAGCGAUGAAAAAAUGAAAUUUUAAGAUAAGAACUAGUUCCAUUUUACAUGAAAUAAAAAAUGAGUCAAAUGAAUUGCUUGCAGUUCUUUGCUUGCAGCUAAUAAACCUUAUUUUAAUCUGCAUAUUUGCUGACUAUGCCAUAAAAUGCAUUUGUGGUUGUCUGAAUUAUUUUAAAAUGCAAGAUUAAAUUAAUUACUUUUAAAAUAAUUUUUAAAAAGUAUCCAUCAUAUACAUUUUCAUGGAUUUAUUUCUAAUUUAACAUUACAGCAAGAAGACAUAGACCUGCUUCUAAUAACAAAGUUUACGGAAGCACUUUAGGACCUUUUAAAAAUAAUAUAUUUUUAUACUAAAUGAAUUAACAGAAAUGCAUAAGUAAUGGCAGCACUGUAAUGUAAUAUCAGAAUUUAAAUAAAAGUUGUGCCAUAUGAUUCUAUGCAUUUUAGGUGAAAUAUUUAGCAGCUGAAACCUGAUGAAUUAAACUACCUGUGGUUUAUUGCUCCUUAUUGCAGUUCAAUCAAAUACAUUUUGCUCGUGAUUGUCAUAUAGUUAUGAAUAAAAUAUUAAGAAUAUAAUUGAGGAGAGGGAGUAGAAUUCAGUUUUAUUCUACCACAAAACAGCUAUAAUACGCCUUUGCAAUCCAAAGACUGAAAUACUUCAUUUAUUCCUUCAGAAUUCUAUCAAGAAAACAGUUUCCAAAUCAGCAGCUUGAAGAGACCUAAGACUGCAUUCUGAUGGACACUUAUCUGUGAAAGAGUCUCAGUGAACAAGUGUCAGGGUUUGUUUUCUCUAUGUAAUAUUUUACCUUCAAAGGUGAGGAUGGCCUUCACACUUACAACCUUCCAGGAAGUUAGAAAGGCUGUUUUUCUUUUGGGGUGAUUGAUUCCAAAGCUGCUAAUUUAGUUUUACCAUACAAUAUUUGUUUAUUAUUUACAUGAAUAUUCUAUAAGUUGCCCAGAGUCUAAUUGCAUUGAGUUGGUGUGUACAUUUAAUAAAAAAAAUAAAUUAAGUGUGUUAAGCGACAUUUCCUUAAAUCUCAUAGGAUUUUGGCAAGGUGCAUCCCAUCUCAUCAGGCCCAUCCGGUAUUGGCAAACAUUGGCUGUAGUGUGAGACUGUAAUGUAGAAUCCAGCAUUCUGUAGAUUCCAGACAUGUAAUCAUUGCCUUUAAAUUUAGGGCUGAAGCUUACAUGAAUCAUUCAUUAGAUUCUACAUCUUCUUAUUCCAACAUAGAGGAUAAAACAGAGGUGGCAAAGAGGAUGAAUCUGUCUUCCUUUAUGUCUCACACUAUUUACUAGAAAAUAAAUGUGGAAGUGCCCUUCACAAAUCUGAGGUUGUGGUUUGUAUGUAUAUUGGAAGACUUUCUAGACCAGGCACGCCCACCCCGGCCCCACAAGGGCAAAACAAGUCCGAUACAUUACGACACAGCCCGCAAUGCAAUCAGGAUUGACACUCGUGUUCUAGACUUUUAUCAGUUAUCAGAUAUACUUUUUAGUAUAUCCAAGGUUGAUUUUGUUCUCUAGGAUCAGGUUUCAAGCACAUGCAGAUAGUCCUCCACUUAUAACCAUUUGUUUACUAUGUAUGAUCAAAAUUUGGACACUUGGCAACUGGUAUGCAUUUACGAUGGUUGCAGUGUCCCAGGAUCAUGUGAUCACCUUUUGCAACCUUCUGAUAAGCAAAGUCAAUGGAGAAGUGGGACUCACUUAAUAACCAUAUUACUAACUUAAAGCUGCAGUGAUUCACUUAACAACUGUCGCAACAAAGGUUGUGAAACAGGGCAAAAUUUAACAACUGUCUUGCUUAGCAACUGAAAUUUUGGGCUCAGUUGUGAUCCUAAGUUGAGGACUAUCUGUAAAACAUAAACAGGAGCACAAUAACAAAGCUACAUUCAUACUGGGGGGGGGGGCAGAAUAUAGCUUUGAGUUUACCUAACACAAAAACCUCUAUUAAUGCUAAAAUGGCACAUUUGGAAAUAAUGGAUUAAUAUAAAUGCAUUUAAAAUGCUAUCCGAAGUCAGGGUCCUUGAGGUUGAUAGCAAAUGUCCCUGCCUGAUUUUAUGAAUUCCCCAACUUGUUUCAUAGUCUCCUUGAUUUAUUUGGAGAAUUGAUUUCAGGACUCCUUGUUCACUUGUAUAUAUAAAACAUAAAACUGAAUUCAAGCUCCUGAAAUUUAAUUUCAACAUGAGAUAUGUGAGCAUAAUAUAUAAAGUUUGGGAGGAUCUUAGUUACAUUAUAAAAAGCAACAGAUUGUUCUUAAUGCUAGUAAACUAGUUUUUUAAAAAAUAAAUUGUCCUAAAAUAUUUAUGUUGGUAAGUGUUCCAUGGGAAAAUAUAAUUUUAUAUUGUACAUCAGACCUUUUAAACCUUACAUUGAAUAAACAUUUGGGGUUUUUGUUCUAAAACUGAGUAUAAAUUUUGUCUCCAAAUCAAAUUGGACAAAAAUAUUACAACCACAGAAUUGUUUCUAGAAAUGUUAACCACUUUUUUAUUUUGUGAUAGAAUAAUUAAAAAUAUAGAUACAUUGUAACAUUUUUGUAUACAAAAUCUAAGAAUGCUACUUUCCUGAAUGUAUAGCAAAGGAAUUGAUAACAGCAGUUUACAUUUUGUUGUAUAACUUUAAACUGUGUAUUUGGUAAAUUAUAUUUUAUUUUUUUAAGAUGGAGUAUUAAAGAGUAUAUUUGCUGUUAAGGCAGACAAUUAUGUUUUUAAAAGACACGUUGAUAUAUAAGAAAAAAAUAUUUUACCUUUCUAAAAUUUAUCUUGCAAGUCUGCCAAAAUUAAUUGUAUUUUUUGUUCUCCCUUCAUUUAUUUCCUCAGAAAUGAAUAAAAUAGAAUUUAGAAGA